AUGGCCCACAAAAAUAUGGGCUGCCUAUGGCAAACUCAGAAAAAUCUUUUCAUCAUCCAAAGUCCAAACAAAAUUGUGUCACACUACAUUCAUAAAUCAUAACCUUUGAUCCUCUGCUUCAAAGUUCAUUCAUAUAGUUCAUACAACUUUUUUCUGAAAAAGUUCUGCAUGAAAUACAAACCGAUAAUGGUCCAUGGAUGUCAAAUUGAUGCAAUUAUCUCAUCCAGGCAACUCGAUUGGUUAUUCUCUGUUAAAGAUUAAACCCCUUUUUACUAACAAUCACUUCCUUUUUCAUCCUCUGAGAUGGAAAUGUAAGAGUCCAAAUGGUCAACACUCACAGAACUUGGUUCAUGAGGUUAAAGAGUAAGGAAGCAGAGUAAUCUUUGAUUGUUUGCAAUUCUAUAUUUUGUGAUUUCAAAUGAAUUUUUUUUCUGGGUUGAUUGUUAAUUUUGAAUUCUGCAGAGGUGAAAGUUUUACGAUGUAUGAUAUUGCUGCGGCUGCUGCUGCCAAUAAGGACAGAGUUGUUGCUGACUUAGUUUUUGAAGGCCAACUGCUUAGUGUUAUUCCUACAUCUAUGAAGAUGGAAAAGGGCAAGGCAACAGUGUCAUCUGAAUCUGGAAAAGUUCGAAGUUUAGGAUUAUGCAGUCGAUGCAUGAAAGAGAAGACGUUUACUGUCCUGUCAUCCUUUCCUCAUUCAUCGCAUGCUAAAACCACUGGUUAUUUUCUACUUCUGGUUCCCCUGAUAGCCUUUUGCAUCAGAUUCGUAAUGGGAGCCUUACACAAUAGAGUUGCUGAAGAAUUUAAACAUAAUGUUAGCGAGUCAGAUGAUCCUCACCCUCGGUGUAAAAGGACAAGAUGGAGAUCUGCUCUACAAGAAUUGAGGGAUCCAGAUGCUAAUGCACUGGAUACUGACUUAUCAACUGAUCAUGAUCAUUCAGCAGAUGAUGAAGAGGAGAUCAAACAAGACGACUUGUCUCAUAAUUACACCAUGCUUGAAAGUGAUUAUGCAAAGUUCCUUUCAGAAUGUGGAAUCAGUAAUUGUGGUUAUUGGAGGGGAGGUUCUCCUAAGUAG